AUACAAACACACCAUUUUGAUAUGCAACUCUCUCUCUCUCUCUCUCUCAGUAAUAUCAAUCUCCCAGAAUUAUUUUUCCAAGGUCGGUAUGCAGAAGCACAAAGUUGUUCCAAAAUUUGUUGCCAACAGCAACGACUCAGACCCUGGUGGUCCACCAAUUCGUGAAGAAAGAAAACAAUCAAUAAAAGAGUCAGCUUCCAUUGCAUCACUUUUUCCUCCCAAUAACUCUGACAGUGAUGAUAGUUCAGAAUCCAACGAAACACCUCCGAGAUUUUCUCAUUAUUCCAAUUCCAUAAUGGAAAUUUUCUCACCAGCCAGGUCUAGUGAUUCCGAAAAUUAUUUAGAAAUAAUAAUUCCAAAUUCUUCAAUUCCACACUUCUUUCCACUCCCUAAUGGACCAACAACAAGUCUUUCCAUUCCAAUAAUCUUCCCACCCACCAUUUCUGAAACUCAGACAGAAGAUGGUUGCUCAGAAUCUAACAAAACACCUCGUGCAGAAACACAACUCUCUUAUUCCGUAGUUCCACUCUUACCACCAGCCAGGUCUCAAACAGACAACAGAAAUUCUGAAAAUUAUGGAAUAAUUCCCACCGAUCCUUCCAUAUCAACAAGUCCUAGACGCACAAUCCGAACAGCAAUCUUCAAUCACUUGACUGAGUUUCUUAAGCUGAAGAGCAGUAACAGUCCAAAAUUCUCUCAUCCCAAAAAAAAUUCCAUACUGUCAUUCUUUUCCGCAGCCAAAGACUUGAUCGAAAUUAUUGAAAGGAAACAAUUUCCUUUGCAAAUGCUACUUAAAGCCACUAACAACUUCUCAGAAGAUCACAAGAUUGGGAAAGGUUGCUUUGGCUCAGUUUACCGUGCCACUUUAGAUGGUGGCCAAGAAGUGGCUAUUAAGCGCCAGGGCAGUGCUCGUGCCUUCAUAAUUGAAUUGAAAGCUUUGUUCCACCUCAAUCACAAGAAUGUUGCUUGCUUAGUAGGAUUUUGUGAGGAUGGUAAUGAGUACGCAUUGGUGUACGAGUACAUGAAAAAUGGUACCCUUCAUGACCAUCUUCAUGAGCUUCAAAGUACUCCUCUAUUGUCAUCAUGGACUGCCCGGAUUAAAGUGGCACUAGACAUAGCCGGAGGCAUUGAGUAUCUACAUGUGUAUGCAGUACCACAAAUCAUACACCGCAAUAUCAAGACGUCUAACAUAUUACUAGAUGCUACGUGGACAGCCAAAGUGUUUGAUUUCUGCCUAUCUGAGAAGGCCCCCAUGGACUUCAAGUCACACCAUUUGGAUUGUGUGGCUGGCACCAUUGGUUACAUGGACCCCGAGUACUUUAGUCUUCGGCAGUUGACAACCAAAAUUGAUGUAUACAGCUUUGGAGUUGUAUUGCUAGAAAUGUUGUCUGGGUACAAGGCACUUCAUAAAAAUGAAAAUGGUGAGCAAAGGCUUAUAGUUGAUUUUAUAGUGCCAUUCAUUGCCCAAGAUCAAAUUCACAGGGUCUUGGACCCAAGAGUACCACCACCUACCCCAGUUGAAAGAAAGGCAGUGGCACAUGUUGGGUCUCUAGCAGUGGCUUGUGUAAGUCUGAAAGGUCGAGAUCGCCCAUCAAUGACUGAGAUUGUAAAUAACCUGAUGCGUGUUUGGGUACAGGUUAUCGGUGGUUAAAACAACUGAACGUUAAUGUUCCUUCGCUGCUCUCUGCACUAUUGAUGACUUUCUCACCGACGACUCCAAUUCCAACCACAACCACCCCUCCCUGUUGCCUAAUGAGAUUUCACAACUGUAUAAGUAUUAUGGAGCUUCGUUGAUUUCGUAUAUGGGUAGCUUUGUAUGAAUAUAGUUUUCCUUGAUUCAUACUGUUGGGAGUUGAGAUUGUGUCAAAUAAUCAUAUGCCAAAACCCACUUUCAUAUCAUUACAUGUUUGAGAAAAUUUGUAUGA